ACUUGUUCGUCUGUCUCUCGGAAUAAGAUUGAUCUAAACGUUUCUUCAAUUUGGACUGCUGAACAGUUUAACAAUUUUCAGUUUACGGUGGAAAAUCACAAUAACAACGGCGAAAUAUCGCGAGCUCUUCAUCGUGAAACUCGCAACGGUCGUCCAACCCGAAGCAGUGUCACUUGCAGUCAGGACCGUCCAGGACUGUCAUCAAUUCUGCGUCGACGAAUCUGUGGAAGAUGAAUAUAGAAUGUGUGAUAUGUAGAGAAUUGUUGACACCAUCCGACGAUGUUUUCAACACACCGUGCGGACACAUCUUCCAUUUUGCGUGCCUGGUACAGUGGCUCGAAAGAUCCAAGACCUGUCCGCAAUGUCGGGAGAGAACGACGGAGCAGAAGAUACAUAGGAUAUUUUUCAACAUUUCAAACAAUGACAGUAUCGUAGAAGACCCCGCUUCCCUGCAGUGCAAAAUUGAUAAUUUGAAUUUUCAAGUGAAGCUAAAAGACAGCCAUAUCAAUAAUCUUGCAGAGGAUAAGCAAAAGUUGAAGAAGCAGGUGACUGGCUUGAGACAUGAAGUUCAGAGGGUUGAAAGUGAAUUAAGCGGCAAGAAUGGUGCGAUUUACGCGCUUCAAGACCAGAUUAAGUUUUACAAACAGCAAUGUUCUGAUGCAAGCAAUCUUGCAAAGGAGAAUGAACAAUUAAAGCAAAAGCUCGAGCAUUUAAAGAACAUACAGAGUAUCGUAGAUCAAUCUGAAAACGAGGUGGAUGUGGAUGAUGUAAUAAUGAAAAUAAGAGACGUGCCCAAGCUGCAAACAUACGUAACAGUGUUAAGGAGGGAACUGAAGAAAAUGUUUGACAAGAGCAGAGAAGUUAGGGAGAAGUAUAUGAAAUUACAAAAAGACUUCUCGCAUGUUUCUAUGAGAAACAAGACUUUAAGAGAGGAGUGUGCUAAGCGAAAAGACGUGGAAGAUCGAUUAAUGGUCUGUGAGACCGAGAAGAUAUCUUUGCAAUCUCAGCUUCUGGAUAUGCUAGCAGAUUCACGUAAAUGUGUCUGUGAUAAAGCAUCCGUGGUAAAGCAAGCGGACUUAACAUCUGAUAAUGUUGAAAAAUGUACUGCAGCGGUGAAAAAGUGUGAGACAAAACUUAAAGACACUUUAACACUCAAAGAGACUGAUAUUGUCGAUUUAGACAGUACCCAAAAUAUUCCACAGAAUGAAAAAUCACAGAGUUUAUUUUCGACGAGGGAGCAUGCUAUAAAGAGACAGAGAUCUAGUAACAGUUUUAAAAUUCCUUCGAAAGUACCUUCAAUACUUGCAAAAAAAUCGAGAUUUGAUCAACUAAGUCAAGAAACUACCAGUGGCCAUGGCAUGAGUUUUGAUGGCUUUGGAGGUCAUGCCAAGUACGACAUAUUUCCUACUCCUAUUCGCAGUUCCCAAAUAAACGGCAAGAAUAGUGUGAAUCGUACUUUUACCAAGCAAAAGGAUAAUAAAUAGUAAUGUUUAAAUACAGGUUAAUUGUAAAAAGAGAAUAAUUGAAAAAAAUGUAACUCAAAAUAAAGAGUGCUUCCAAUCUGGGGAAAUUGGAACUGGAA